AUGCCUUCUUUACUACUAAACCUAGUAGUCCGUAUUUGUCUUUUCAAUGUUAGUAACAGUGAUAAAAUUACUUUCGAAAAUGUGACAGUUCGGUCGUAUUUUUACAAAGGAGCACUAGAGACCCAAGCUACAUCUGUCAAUCUUAAAAAAAUAAUUCCUGACGAACAACCAGUGAGGGUGGACAUCACCGGAGGCGUCCCCAUCUUGUACGAAAAAUCCGUUUUCGACAUACCAAAUUUGAACAGUCUCGACCUGGCUGACGUGGGUUUGGAAGAAAUCAAGCCCGGAGCUUUUGCUGGUCACGUGUCACUUGAUAAGAACAAACUCACUGAAAUUUCAAGUGGUGUCUUCGAAAAUGUUACUCUGAGAAGCUUAAGUUUGGGUGAUAAUCAUCUCUACAUCAUCGCACCAAAAGCUCUGUCUGCAAUUGGAUUGACUACAUUGAGUCUGUUUGGUAACAAACUCGAGGAAAUCGAUCCGGAGGUGUUUGAUAUGCAAGAAUUAGCAUCACUCGAUUUGGAUGAUAACUCAAUCAAGCUUUUGCGACCUGGUGAUUUGAGAAACUUGCCAGAGUUGGAGGCGUUCAGUCUCGAGAAAAAUGAGUUGAAAGAAAUCCCAGAUGGUAUUUUCAACAACACCAAACUCACCUACUUGAAUCUAGCAGCAAACCAUAUUGUUAAAAUUGCGAGUAAAGCUUUUGAUGGCAUGUUGGCGCUUAGAGUGUUGAAGAUUGACUCCAAUAAUCUAACCCAAUGGGAUGAUUGGCUGACAUCACCGUUCGCUUCUAUCUCAGGGAAUCACAUCAGGAAGAUUUCAACUAAAGCUUUUCGGAAAUUGGAACAGAUUCGUUAUUUUAAUUUGGCCGAUAAUGAGAUUGAUAACUGGGAUCCAGAUACAUUGGGGAAUGUUAGCAUUGUUAGUUUGGAUCUCAGUGGAAAUAGGUUAAAGUGUAUUAAAGAAGAUUUGGAAACAAUUUUCAAGAAUGUUCAAAAGAUACGUUUGGAAAAUAAUCCUUGGAAAAAAGAGUGCGCUAAGAAGGUUGAGAAGUUUCAGAAAAAAAAGAACCGGAUACCGUAG